UAUCAAGAGAAAAACGUCCACCAACCCAGAGUAGCAAAGUCAGUUUGGACAACUCUGCCAAAACAUCGUAUCCAAAUCGGAGGUGCCUUUCACUGUCUCUUUGUCACGCUCCCCAGUUCCCAUUACUACAAUUCUAUGCGAAAGGAGGAGAGAAGAAGAAAUAUCCUGAUUGCUGCUGCUGCUUGUUGUUAGUGCAGAUCGGGCCGUGAUCGAGCAUUUAAUUUAGCUCCUUUGUGAAUUGGGAGAAUGGCAGAUUUGGGUGAGUGGCACUGUGAGAAAAGACCCUUUGCUAAGAAUGAGUCCUUUGCAAGAGAUAAUGAGAAUGUGCAAGAAACAGGGUGCCUCUCGAUCAUCGUACUUGGUGCUUCUGGUGAUCUUGCUAAGAAGAAGACGUUUCCCGCACUUUUUAACCUUUAUCGGCAGGGAUUUUUGCAAUCGAACGAGGUUUACAUAUUUGGCUAUGCAAGAACCAAGAUAUCUGAUGAUGAAUUGAGAGAUCGGAUCCGAGGGUAUCUUCCCCACGGGAAAGACGGCACAGAAGACGUUUCAAACUUUCUUCAGUUGAUUAAAUAUGUGAGUGGCUCUUAUGAUGAUCCAAAAGGGUUCAAAGCAUUAGAUAAGGCAAUAUCCGAGCACGAAAUAUCAAAACACAGUAUGGAAGGAUUGUCACGCAGGCUUUUCUACCUCGCACUUCCUCCGUCAGUAUAUCCACAAGUCUGCAAAAUGAUCAAAAACUAUUCCAUGAAUAAGUCUGAUCUUGGUGGAUGGACUCGUAUUGUUGUUGAGAAGCCUUUUGGCAGGGAUUUGGCUUCAGCUGAGGAGCUAAGCUCCCAAAUAGGUGAAUUAUUUGAGGAACCACAGAUUUAUCGUAUAGACCAUUAUCUGGGGAAGGAACUGGUGCAGAACUUGUUGGUACUUCGUUUUGCAAAUCGCUUCUUUUUACCUCUCUGGAACCGCGACAACAUCGCUAAUGUACAGAUUGUGUUCAGAGAAGAUUUCGGAACUGAGGGUCGUGGUGGAUAUUUUGAUCAAUAUGGAAUUAUCCGUGACAUUAUCCAGAAUCACUUAUUGCAGGUUCUUUGCCUUGUUGCCAUGGAGAAGCCUGUUUCUCUGAAGCCUGAGCAUAUUCGAGAUGAGAAAGUCAAGGUUCUUCAAUCAGUUCUUCCCAUCAAAGACGAAGAGGUGGUGCUUGGACAAUAUGAAGGCUACAAGGAUGAUCCAACCGUACCAGACAACUCCAACACCCCUACUUUUGCAACAGCGAUUCUACAUAUACACAAUGAAAGAUGGGAAGGUGUGCCUUUCAUACUCAAGGCGGGGAAAGCUUUAAAUUCAAGAAAAGCAGAAAUACGCGUUCAAUUCAAGGAUGUUCCUGGUGAUAUCUUUAAGUGUCAAAAGCAGGGAAGGAAUGAAUUCGUGAUCCGUCUGCAACCUUCGGAAGCCAUAUACAUGAAGCUAACGGUCAAGCAGCCUGGGCUGGAAAUGUCAACCGCUCAGAGUGAACUAGACUUGUCGUACCGGCAACGUUACCAAGGGGUCGUCAUUCCAGAGGCUUACGAACGUUUAAUUCUUGACACAAUCAAAGGUGAUCAGCAGCAUUUCGUCCGCAGGGAUGAGUUGAAGGCCGCCUGGGAGAUUUUCACACCGCUGCUGCACCGGAUAGACAAUGGAGAGCUGAAGUCGCUCCCGUACAAGCCCGGCAGCCGAGGUCCUGCAGAAGCAGAUCAACUCUUGGAGAGGGCAGGCUAUGUGCAAACACAUGGCUAUAUAUGGAUCCCCCCAACCUUAUCCUGAAGCUUUCAAGGAGCAAACUCUGGCUGGCGAAUGGGCGGGUCAGGUUGAAUCUCAAGUGGGUCGAGUUCAUAUAUAUAUGUGGAUCCAUGGAUUAUAUCCAUAAAGAGAGUAUCAGUUCUAUGUUUUUACGUUGCAUGUUUUGCGGCUUAGGCCAUCCUGCGAGACUUGAGAUUGAGAAAUAUGUAACGAAGUGUUUAUGAAAGCACUUGUGUAAUAAAUUUUGUUAAUAUUUUUUUAAAUCUUAAUAUAAAUAUCGUCUAUCCAAAA